UUCACUCAUGCGAAACACGUGCCCAACGACGAAGGUUAAGGUGAUACGAGCAUGGACUCCAAGCUCCUGGUAUUGGGAAAUGAACAACAGCAGAUGGAGUGGUCGAAAAGUGUCACCCAAAUGGAUACUCAUUUUCAGCAUCUUCAGUUUUGCAUUUGGCAUGUUCUUCACAAAUAGGGUGUUGGCUCCGGUUGAUUUAGAAGGAAAGGUGAUGCGUAGGCGAGAACGAAAAAUCAAGAUUGUUUCUGAUGAUUACAUGACAUACAAGGAUAAUGAUUUAUUUGGAGUAAUUCACAAAUCAGAUGAAGCUAUCCGAUCACUUGGAAACUCAAUCUCAAAGCUAAGAAUGGAGCUUCCCAUUGUAGAAAGUUUACAUGAGAAAGUUAACCAUGGCAAUUUGGAACCAAACAAGACAGUUUCUGAAAAGGGCACGAUAAAGAAAAAAGCAUUUGCAGUUAUUGGAAUUAACACUGCUUUUAGUAGCAGAAGAAGGCGUGAUUCGGUUAGAGAGACAUGGAUGCCUAGAGGUGAAAAGUUAAUUCAGCUCGAGAAGGAAAAGGGUAUCGUUGUCCGUUUUAUAAUUGGCCAUAGUGUGACAUCUAAAAGCAUUUUAGAUCGAGCCAUUGACUCUGAGGAAUCACAACAUAAAGACUUUUUGAGGCUCAAACAUGUUGAAGGGUAUCAUGAGUUAACUGCCAAAACAAGAACAUUCUUUGCUACUGCAUACGCUAACUGGGAUGCACAAUUCUACGUCAAAGUGGAUGACGAUGUUCAUGUCAAUUUGGGCAUGUUAGCUUCAACUCUUGACAGGCAUCUAACAAAGCCCAGAGUCUACAUAGGAUGUAUGAAAUCUGGUCCUGUUCUUUCUCAAAAGAACGUCAAAUACCAUGAGCCCGAAUAUUGGAAAUUUGGAGAAGAAGGAAACAAAUAUUUUUGGCAUGCAACCGGACAGAUUUAUGCUAUUUCUAAAGAUCUUGCUGCAUACAUCUCCAACAAUCAGGCAAUACUUCAUAAGUAUGCAAAUGAAGAUGUAUCACUUGGUGCUUGGUUCAUAGGUCUUGAUGUCGAGCACAUUGAUGAUCGAAACAUGUGUUGUGGGACCCCUCCUGAGUGCGAGUGGAAAGCAGAAACAGGCAAUGUGUGCAUUGCAUCAUUUGAUUGGAGCUGCAGUGGUAUCUGCAAAUCGGUAGAAAGAAUCAAGGAAGUUCACAAAAAAUGUGGUGAAAAUCAUGCAACCCUUUGGAAUCGACCAACAAUGAACAUUUUAUGAGUUCAUAACCCCAAAAGAUAUGUUCCUCGAGCGACAACCAUGGAGAUCUCCGCAGUAGCUUAUAACAUCCGAAUGCAUGAAAUGUUGCAGAAAGUGCCUCAAGAAAAAAAGUCAACUUCUAUUUUCCAAGAUACACAGCUCCUAACAAGUAAAACAAUCUCUACCCUCAGAAUGCUUAACAUUUCUCUGUUUAGUUGUCAUUAUUUCCCUAUUCAUAUAACAUUUUUUCCACUAAUUAACAUACAAUAAACUUUGAUGUCUAAAGUCAAAAUUGGACUUAUCUUUGCAAUAGCAAUAUCAGACAUGUAACAAUGAAGCCAGAAAUUGCCCUUUUGUAGAAGAGCUUGAAACUUGAAUGACUACAUCUAUAAAGUUUUA